CAAAAUCUUCAAAAAAAAAAAAACAACUGCCAUCGCUAAUGAUUGCGUAGCUUUGGAAUACUUCUUUCAACGAAAAAGUUUCCAAAUUCGAAAAUUUGAAAGCAAACAAAAAAAUCAAAACAGUAUAAAGCAAUAUCAAGACUGAUUGGAGCUAUAAAGCACAACGAUGGCGGAAGUUAAUCAAACGACAGACGUUUGGAACUACCUCUUUGUAGAACUAGCCGACCCCCGCACAAAUGAUUGGCCCAUGAUCAAAUCUCCCGUUCCUGGUCUCACAAUAAUUGCUGCUUACCUGUAUUUCGUUUUGCAUUGGGGUCCCCGAUAUAUGGCAAACCGAAAACCUUUCAAAUUAGAAAAAACUCUUAUCGUCUACAACUUUAUUCAGGUUUUAGUGAGCAUAUGGCUGGUAUUUGAGGGUUUGGAUUGUGCAUGGAUGAGACAUUACAGUUGGCGUUGUCAACCCGUUGAUCCAUCAAAUACACCACAAGCAUUUAGGGAAGCGAGAGGAGUUUACGUUUAUUUCUUGGCGAAAAUUUCUGAACUCCUAGACACAGUAUUCUUCGUACUGAGAAAACGCGACAGACAGAUGACCUUCUUGCAUUUAUAUCAUCAUACAGUAAUGCCAAUGAUUUCUUGGGGAACAACCAAAUACUACCCAGGAGGACAUGGAACUUUCAUCGGACUAAUUAACUCCUUUGUGCAUAUCAUCAUGUACGCUUACUACCUUUUGUCAGCUCUAGGUCCUCAGGUCCAAAAGUACCUUUGGUGGAAGAAGUACAUCACAAACAUGCAAAUGAUCCAAUUCUGCAUGGCAUUCAUUCAUCAGACUCAACUACUCUACACAGACUGCGGCUAUCCAAGAUGGUCCGUGUGCUUUACUCUGCCAAAUGCUGUCUUCUUCUACUUCCUGUUCAAUGAUUUCUAUCAAAAGUCUUACAAGAAGAAAAGAGCUGCCGAAGCUGCUGCUGCCAAAAUCAAAGCUGAAGAACAACAACUUCAACAAAGUUCCAAAGAUGCAUGUGAAAACAACAAUAACAUCACUGCCAAAAAUCAUAAUCAAAUUGUCCCGGCUAGUGGCGAUCAGUCAGCUAGUCUGGAGGACAAGAAAGACCUAUAGAGUUUUAGUAAACAAGUUAGAAAAUCUAAUAAGCAAUAUUAAAAAAAAAAAUAGUUUAAUCACUUUGGCUUCCGUAAAUUUAAAA